UGAGCCAGAGGGGAUGGGGAGUGACUUACACCCCUGAGAGAAUCUGUGCCUUAAAGGGGUCUUCAGUAGACAUGAGCUGCACUUACUCAUAUCCCACAUCUCACACAGUGCAGAAAACUUUCUGGUUUAUUCACUGGAACAAGCCACAGGAGCCUGAGGACCUGUCCCAGGACCCAGAGUACUCUGACCGUGUGGAGUACCUGGGGAAUCAGAACAGUGACUGCACUUUCAGAAUAAACCAACUGAGUGAAACUGAUUCAGGAACAUACCGAUUCAGGUUCCUGACUGACCUGACUGAUGUUGAAAAUUCUACUGGAGAACCUGGUGUCACAUUAGCAGUUACAGAUCUACAGGUGAUGGUGAAUCCUGACACAGUGACAGAGGGACAGAGUGUGAGACUGACCUGUAGCACCACCUGCACUCUGACUGGCAGCCCAGCCUUCAUCUGGUACAGGGACGGAUCUCCUCUGUCCUUCACUGAUCAGAGUCACCAGUUCACAGCCAGCAGUGAAGACCGAGGCAGCUACACCUGUGCUGUGAAAGGCUAUGAGCUUCGGUCCCCUGCAGUGGCUCUUAAUGUGAGAUGUCUUCAGGUGAAAGUGACAGAGAAUGAGGCACAGAGUGUAACACUGACCUGUAGCAGCACCUGCACUUUGAGUGGCAGCCCAACCUUUACCUGGUACAAGAAUGGAAAAGUUGUCCGCUAUCAAAAUAAAUACUCCCUCAAUUUAGCGAGCACUGAUGAUAUGGAUCGCUACUCCUGUGCUACAGGAGGAGUCACUUCCCCUGCAGUCAAUGUGAAAUGUGUAAAGGUUGAAAUGAAAUCUGACACAGUGAAUGAGGGAGUGAGGGUGACACUAACCUGUAAAAUCACCUGCACUGACCUGACUGGCAGCCAAACAUUCAUCUGGUACAAGAAUGGACAAUCUCCGUUUUACAUCGCCCAGAAAUAUGAAAAUCAUAACUACCUUCAGUUCAAAGCCAGCAGUGGAGAUGCAGGCAGCUACUCCUGUGCAGUAAGAGGCCAUGAGAAUCUCCCGUCCCCAGCAGUGACUCUCUAUCCUCCUCAGAGCAUCUUAUUAUCAGUGAGCUCCUCUGGUGAAAUAGUGGAGGGCAGUUCAGUGACUCUGACCUGUAGCAGUGAUGCCAACCCCCCAGUGCAAUACUACACCUGGUUUAAGAAUAACAGAGCUGUAUCCUCAGACAAACAAAAUGAAAUUAUCAUUAUUAAUGCACUCCAAGCUAAAAAGACAUAUCAAAAUGCUGCUGUUGCUUUUGGAAUCUUGUUUGUACUGUGUCAUUUACCCACUACGAUGAAAAGCUUCAGUACAUCCAGUUAAUUUUUU